AAAACUUAAAUGAUAACACUAAACUGAGCAGAAAGAGGUGAAAAACAAAGAAGAAGAAACAUGAAUCUUUCCAUUGUCAUUUCAGCUUCGAUUGCCAUUUUCCUUUCCAUCGUCUUCUUCCCUCUGCUAAACUCCAAUUAUUGGUUGAAAUGGAGAGCUUCACUGAUUCCAUCGACUAAACUAGGUGCUGAUUUGAUAGUUAAAAAUGGGGUCAUUUUCACCAGUGCCCCUUCUUUUCCUUUCGCUGAUUCCAUGGCCAUUCGUGACGGUAUAAUCCUUCGUGUUGGCAACUAUUCCUCUCUUCAGGAUUUGUCAGGAUACGGUACUACAGAGCUGAAUCUUGAAGGAAAGAUCGUGGUGCCCGGAUUUAUUGAUUCUCACGUGCACUUGAUUUCUGCAGGGCUUCAGAUGGCACGUGUACAGCUCGAAGGUGUAAAUCAGAAAGAAGAAGUCGUGAGAAGAGUGAAAGAAGCAGCACUAAAUGCCAAAAGGGGUUCGUGGAUUCUGGGUGGUGGAUGGAACAAUGAUCUUUGGGGAGGGGAACUGCCAGUGGCAUCUUGGAUAGAUGAGGUCACAGCUGAUAAUCCUGUUUGGCUAACAAGGAUGGAUGGUCAUAUGGGCUUGGCUAACUCGGCGGCACUAAAGUUGGCUGGAGUCACUAAUUUAUCAAAAGAUCCGAAUGGUGGCACAAUAAUGAGAGCUACUAACGGAGAACCUACUGGUCUGCUGGUUGAUGCUGCAACGGAACUUAUUCUUUCCUGGAUUCCGGAAGUCUCUGUUGAUGAAAGGAGGGAAGCGAUGCUUAGAGCUAGCAGUUUUGCCUUAAUGAGGGGUGUCACAGCAGUUGUUGAUUUUGGGAGAUAUUUUCCUGGAGCACCAGUUGAGCAUUCGUGGCAGGACUUUUCAGAUGUGUAUCAAUGGGCUGAUUCUUCAGGGAAGAUGAAAAUAAGAGUGUGCUUAUUUUUUCCAAUGGAGACCUGGUCUAGGUUAUAUAGUGUAAUUCAUAGGGCAGGCCAUGCUUUGAGUGAUUGGAUUUACUUUGGUGGAGUUAAAGCUUUUGCUGAUGGCUCUCUCGGUUCGAAUAGUGCUCUCUUCCAUGAGCCAUAUUUUGAUGACCCUCACAAUUUUGGUUUACAAGUUGUGGAAUCCGAAAGUCUUUUGAACAUGACAAUGGCUUCCGACAUGUCUGGGCUUCAGGUUGCUAUCCAUGCUAUAGGUGAUAGAGCAAAUGACUUGGUCCUUGAUAUGUAUGAAUCUGUUAUCUCCAAAAAUGGAAAAAGAGAUCGGAGAUUUAGGAUUGAGCAUGCCCAGCAUUUAGCCCCGGGCACAGCGGCUCGAUUUGGCCAACAAGGGAUUGUUGCUUCAGUACAGCCUGAUCACUUGCUCGAUGAUGCUGAUGCCGCGAUCAGAAAGCUUGGGGUGGAUAGGGCUCAAAAGGGGUCUUAUCUUUUCCGGUCACUUCUAUCAAGCAAUGCAUUGUUGCCUCUCGGUUCUGACUGGCCUGUUACAAGUGCUUAUCCUUUGCGUGCGAUAAGAACAGCAAUGAAAAGAAUUCCUCCUGGCUGGGAAAAUGCUUGGAUUCCGUCCGAGUGCCUGUCGCUGAACGACGCAUUAAUUGGGCACACGAUUUCAGCUGCUCGGGCAUGCUUUCUUGAGAACAAAAUAGGAUCUCUAUUGACCGGAAAAUUGGCUGAUUUCGUCGUACUAUCAACCGAUUCGUGGGAUGAGUUUGCUACCGAGGGAUCUGCAUCGGUUAAUGCAACAUAUGUUGGUGGUGUCCAAGCCUAUCCAUGAAGGCUUUUGAUCAUAUUGUGGACGCAACAAAUAAAUGCUUAAUACCUAAAAUG